UCUCUCUACUCACGCUCUACUUUCUGCUUACCAAGGCCUGAAAGAAUAGAUUAAACAGGAAGAAAGAAAAGGUGGAGAUUGGAGGCUAAAGUGAUUUAAACGUCAAACCUUGAAGAUAUCGUGUGUGAAUCUUAUUUUUUUCCCCUUUCACUGUCAUCAAAAGGAAACAACCUGUCACUCAAACAUCCUUUCCACAAAUGGAGAGCCUUCUCAACAACAUCAGUUCUACCACCGAGCCCCUCUUGCCCCUCUUUACCCCUGCCCCGACAAACUGCAGCUCCUGGGACCAGCGCUGGGGGGGGCCAUACUUGCAUAGGUUAGCUCACCUAGAUGUCCGGUUGUACCAAGACUUCUAUGCUGUUUGGGUGUCUCUCAUGGUGUGUAACUGUCUCAUGCUGGUGGUCGGUGUGGUCCUCAACAGUUUGGCCCUCUAUGUCUUCUGCGGGGCCUCCACCCACUCUUCAGCCUCUGUGGUUUACACCAUGAACCUGGCCGUAGCCGACCUGCUGGUGGCGCUGUCGUUACCCGCUCGCAUCGCUCUGUAUCACAGCGGAGGCACCUGUGUGGCCUGCUCAUACGUUCACACCUUCAGCUACUUUGUCAACAUGUACUGUAGCAUAUUGUUUCUGACCAGUAUCUGUGUAGAUCGCUACCUCGCUGUCGUCCAUGCGUCCAGUACUCUGCACAAAUGCAGGACUACAGGAACAGCCAGGUGUGUCAGCGCCACAGUAUGGAUCAUUGCAGUGGUGGUCACCUAUUCCUUUCAGACCACAGCGUUGGAGUUUAACUCCUCCUGUGUGCUCCUUCCUGCCCUUUUCUACCUCACCAUCCUGGAGUUCCUCCUACCCCUGCUGGCCGUGGUGGGGUUCACUCUGCGGGUCGCCUGUUUCCUCUCAACCAGCCACGGCCCGAUGCCCCAGCAGAGCCGGGCGAGGAGGGCACGCGCUGUCAGACUGCUGGCCACCGUCCUUGUGGUCUUCACCAUCUGCUUCACGCCUUUCCACGUCCGGCAGGUGUUGGUUUACUUCCAGGUGAAACUCAGAGGGGAGGCGAUGGGGCAGGGGGCGGGGCAUGUACUUGCCUACCACAUCACAGUCACUCUGAGCAGUUUGAACAGCUGCCUGGAUCCAGUGGUUUACUGCUUUGUGACGGACAGCUUCAAGAGAGUGUGGAGGUCGAGGAUGAGGGGGGAGAGGGGGGUGGGAGGUGGGACACACGAGUGCAGGGGAAGGAGAGAGGCAUUCAGUCAACGGUACAGCUCUGGCGAUAGCUCACAGUGUGGCCACACUCACCCUGACAAGUUCUCCUAUCUCUGCAACCCAUAUGGAACAGUCCGCUUAAGACAAAUAAAGGUGACUGACCUGGACACCUGUGGAUGGAUCAGUUCAGAAAAGAAGCCAUCAAAGACUGACUGA